AUGUCGCCGACUCCUUCGUCGCCAACUCUCCCUAUCAAGCAAUCCGAUGGUACAUCAAUACCAGAAUCCCCAAGUGACCGUCCAACGAGUCCUAUAUCCACCACCGACGGUCGAAGCAACAACAACAUCAGACCAAAUCAGCAACUUCCUCAACCCACAAGAAAAAGAACCUCCGAAACGUCGGCUGCACUAUUAGCUUCUCGUGGUAUCCCUGUAACUACCACUCCUGGUGUAAACAGAGCCGGUGCUCGUACAAGAUCUCCCAUUCUGGAGGGCUUGCUUGCUAGAGGUGAAAUCACUCCUGCCGUCUUUGAGAGACUAUGGAAUAUAGAACGAAAUGCCAGUUCUCCAACCCCCUCUCAUCCACAACAAAUCAUCGCUUCCGCUCCUCAUGAUGACGGUGAUUUGGGAACAGCCCCCUUAACGCAAACGUCAUUAAUGGAUGGCCAACAAAGUCCAACAACCAUGUCGCAGUUGGCUCAAAGUGGCCCUGUCGGAGUCGCCCGCAGCCAAAGUGUCUUACGCAUGUCUCAUCCUCUGGAGGGUAAAUCGGCACCAAAGGAAAAGACCUGGCGCGCUGAGGAUGGCAUCGCAUUGGAAUGGAGAAACCUAUCUUACUCUAUUCAGCGCUCUCGUGGUAAAGAUAAGGAGCUAAUCUUGAAGGACUUGUGUGGGGAAGCUCGUCCUGGUGAAGUCGUUGCCAUUUUGGGAGGAUCCGGUGCUGGAAAAACGACACUGUUGAAUGUUUUAGCUGGUCGUGUCACUUCUGGAACCAUUACUGGUGACAUUCGAUCCAACAAUCACAGACGAGACCGUCAUAUGUGGAAGCGUGCGGUUGGGUAUGUUGAACAAGAUGAUUUGAUGGACGAAAGUUUGACUGUUUCUGAGCUAUUGACCUACGUUGCUCUACUCAAGCUCCCUGACGAUAUGCCAUUGGAACGCAAGCAUCAACGAGUCGAAGAAGUCAUCAACCAGAUGCGACUAGGUGACUGUAAAGAUACUCUUAUUGGAGACUCAGUCAAACGUGGUAUUUCUGGUGGUGAACGAAAACGUGUUCACAUUGGUAUGGAGUUAAUGACCAGUCCGAUGUGCAUGUUUUUUGAUGAACCUACGACUGGAUUGGAUGCUUUCAACGCAUACCACGUCAUUGAUACGAUUCGUGAAGCUGCCGACAAGGGUGGUCGCACCAUGAUCAUGGCUAUUCACCAGCCUCGUAAAGAGAUUCUGGAAAAAUUCGAUCGAAUUAUCCUUCUCUCCAAAGGCCAACUUACAUUUACCGGAAACGUAGAGGACGCCAUUACCUACUUCGAUAACGCUGGAUACCCCGUCCCGGCCUUGACAAACCCUGGUGAUCACUUCUUGGAUGUUUCCACACCUGAUAGUUCCACUGAAGCAAGACGACUUUCAUCGGAUGGUCGUAUUGAGAAACUAUCGAGCCAUUGGCGAGUCAACUUCAACAGUAAAAAAUUCCCUCCAUUCGCCACCGAACCUCAGCCAGCGGAAAUCAAGCAGCCUGACUCCAAGGGCUUCUUUUACAACAUGUUUAGGUACUGGAGACGCUGGAGUAUAUUGGCAGAAAGGAAUUUGUUACUCAUUCGGCGCGAUCGACAGACUACCUAUAUCAUUAUUGUACAGACUGUCUUGGUCAUCUUCCUCUUUGGUUGGCUCUUUUGGCAACUAGGCUUGGACCAAAAAUCAAUCAACAAUCGUCUCGGUAUUCUAUUCUUCUUGGGGUUGGAACGUUUCCUGACGGGUCUAUUCCGUAUUGUUCGAAUCUUGCCAUCUCAAAGGCCCUUGAUUGUCAGAGAACGAUCCAAGUCUCUAUAUACAGCCUCGGAAAUCUACUUUUCAAAGUUAACCACGGAUAUCAUCACCAUUUUCCUACAGCAUAUUGUCAUUCUCACUGCUCUAUACUUUAUGAUUGGGUUCCAAGUCGUGGCGAGAAAGUAUGGUAUAUAUAUUGGUAUCGGUGCCGUAUUGGCAUUAGCUGGUCACUCUUUGGGGUAUUUGAUUAGUGCUGUCGCUCCCAGUGUGGAAGUUGGUCUAGUUAUUGCAACCAUGCUAAGUUCAAUUUAUGGAAUGUUUGCUGGUAAUCUGAUUAUUCCCUCUGACGUUCCCGUAUGGCUUCGCUGGAUCGCAAGUGGCUUAGGAGAAGCAACCGGGCGUCUCAUUGCCUCGAAAGGAGGACAUGUUUCCAUCUUCGACAUGAACGAAGAGUUGGGACCCAAGAUUGCCCAAAGUAUUGGUGGAUUCUGGCCAGGCCCGGUGGACGUUACAAAAGAAGUCAGACGGUGA